AUGGGUUGCAGUCACAAUCUUGUGUGUGGCCAUAGACUUCGCCGUUUUGCCAUUUCUUUUCUCUUUCUUCUAAUUUCGAGCUCAUCCCAGUUAAGAAUAUUCAAUGGCGCAGAAGGUAGAAAAUUAUUACAGAGGGUCGACAAUUCCCAGGCAGUAAGCGAAGAGAAGGCAAUAUUGAAAGCACAAAUCGGUUCGAGGCCGCCACGGUGCGAGAGGAGGUGCAGUUCUUGUGCGCAAUGUGAAGCCAUUCAGGUGCCCACGAACCCCCAAACAAGAAACGGAAUCAAGACUUCAUCCAUUGUCUAUGCUAGAACAGAUGAUCAUUCCAACUACAAGCCCAUGAGCUGGAAAUGCAAAUGUGGAAGCUUCAUUUUCAACCCAUAA